AUGCGUACUUCUCUUGCAGCUCUUGCAACGUUUUCCUUCAUCACUAGGCCGUCCUUGGGCGCCAUUGUUAACUACUCUCUGGACAUUCGGAACGUCCGCGUUGCCCCCGAUGGCUUUGAACGCUCCAUCGUUUCCGCCAAUGGUCUCGUUCCCGGAACUUUCAUUCGAGCCAACAAGAGUGACACCCUGCAUAUCAAUGUCACCAACUCGUUGACUGAUUCUUCGAUGCGACGCGCUACAACAAUUCAUUGGCAUGGUCUGUUUCAAGCUGCCACUGCCGACGAAGAUGGUCCCGCUUUCGUUACACAGUGUCCGAUCUCUCAGAAUCAAUCCUAUACCUACGAGAUUCCCUUGGGUGAUCAAACUGGCACUUUCUGGUAUCACGCACAUUUAUCGAGCCAAUACGUUGACGGGCUUCGUGGAGCUCUGGUUGUCUAUGAUCCCGAAGACCCGCACAGAGACUUAUAUGACGUCGACGAUGAGAACACGGUGAUCGUACUUGAGGACUGGUACCACACGCCUGCAAUUCAGCUCGAGGAAGAGAUGUUUUCGACGAACAACACAGAUCUUUUGACUCCGAUUCCGGACUCCGGUUUGAUCAAUGGAAAAGGACGCUAUGUCGAUGGCCCCCGAGUUGAUCGAGCGGUGAUCAAUGUUCAGCCUAAUCGUCGCUACCGCUUCCGAGUCAUCAACACGUCCGCGGUCGCAGCGUUCAAAUUUGCCAUAGAAGGGCACAGGUUUACCAUCAUUGAAGCGGACGGCAUUCCUCACGAACCAUUGAUUGUAGACAACUUUGAUAUCUAUGCCGGUCAACGGUAUUCGAUCGUUGUCGAGACCAACCAAACAGUCGCAAACUACUGGGUCAGUGCACCCAUGGAUGUAUUUGGCUCCGGCACGAAUCCGAACCUCGAUACCACCAACGUAUAUGCCGUACUGCGCUAUGAAGGUGCGCCGGCCGAGGAGCCGACCACUGAGCCGCUUGUUCCUUCUGGGGCCGCACUCGUAGAGGAAAAUCUCCACGCAUUGAUCGACCCUGGUGCGCCAGGAGGUGACGCGCCAGCAGAUGUUAGGGUAAAUCUUACUAUCGGACGUACAACCAUAGAUGGCCAAAUUGCCUUCACUUUUAACGACAUCCGGUACAAUCCACCUUCUCUUCCAACGCUGCUAGCCAUACUCGCAAACAAUGCGACCACUGACGCUGAUUUCGCGACUGACGAGCACACAAUUACGUUGCCUCACAACCAAGUUAUUGAAUUGGCCAUUACUGGUGGUGCCAAUCAUCCGAUUCAUCUGCAUGGGCAUGUGUUCGAUGUGGUACAGUCCGUCGGAGGUAGCUUGAACUACGUAAAUCCUCCCCGCCGCGAUGUGGUUCUGGUCAGUUCUCCCGGAGUCAUUCUUCGCUUCCGAACCGACAACCCUGGUCCAUGGUUUGUGCACUGCCAUAUUGACUGGCACUUGGAAGCCGGAUUGGCCCUGGUGUUCGCCGAAGCUCCAGAAGAGGUACGUACUGGGGCACAAAGUGUCAGACCAAACGGCGCAUGGGAUCAGCUGUGCCCCAAGUAUCAAGCUCUUCCCGCCGAGCUCCAAUGA